AUGAUGCGAGAUGCAAGCUUAGACUCGAACGUUGCCGACAUCGUAGCAGAGGGUGGCAGAGAUUUCGUGAAACUUGGCACGCAGAUCACCCUGCAUGCGGACGGCCGUGUCUUCGGCCGCUUUGCCGAAGAACCAGUGGAGGCCCAGCAGCCAACACAGCCAGCAGAAGAGCCACCUCCGAGCAUGAAGGAUCUCCUGCAAGCAUACCCCCUGGAGUCGGGCGGCUUCGAAUAUGAGCUCGAUCCGGUUGCCACAGCUUUGCAGGCAUAUGCUCUUGUGCUGUCCGCCAGUCUGGGUCGACCAUCUCUUGUCGAAGUUUGUGCCAUCGUCCGAGCACUGCGCUCCGAAGAUGGUUCCAUCGCAGCUUUGGUUUUCCUGCCUCUCAAGCAUCCCUGUAAAGCCACGGUGGAGAAGAUGCCCUUCUCCCCAUCUCGCCUUUCUAGGUCUAGCUCCACCAGGAUCAUCCGGGAAGGCUGCGGCCAUCCGGAAGAGCUUCCAGCGGCCAAAGUUUUGGGUCAUGGGUUUCGGCUGUGGUGUUUGGCCGCAUGUGCGGGUGCGGCCAAUGUCAUUGCUUACAAGUCCUGGAGUCUGUAUGCCUCGCACGUUACCGGAAGCACCUCGAACAUUGCCUUCCGACUGGAGGGCUACCAGCAGGGUGAGUAUGGUUCCGAGACCUUGGCGGAAGCAUGCUCGCUGGUCUUCUCUUUCCUGGUUGGGGCAUACACUUGCGGAAUUCUCAUCGACAAGAAUCAAGUGCACUUCCUGGGGAAAGCUUUCUACGGCUUGGCCCUAGUUUUGAACUCGGCCCUGUUGGUGUCGGCGGCCUUCGUGCAGGGUCGCUUGCUCCCCGCUUGCCUCGUGGCCGCCGCGUGCGGCCUGCAGAAUGCUAUGUGCACGUCUCACUUCGGAGCCAUCAUCCGCACGACACACGCGACUGGCACCAUGACUGACAUCGGAUCGACCAUGGGGCGCAUUAGCAUGAUCUACUUGAGAAGAGCCUGCCGGUGUAGCCAAUUGACCGACAUCGAGCGUGCAGAGAUCGGGGUGGAUGCACAGAAGCUGACAGUGCUGUUCGGGCUGUGGACGUUCUUCCUGUUCGGUGGGCUCAUUGGGAUCUACGCGGAAAACUUCGUGCAGGGGCCCAGGGCGCUUCUAGUCCCGGCUUUCGUCACAGGCAGUAUGGGCUUGACCUACAUGGCCUUCCGCCAGAUCUUGAAGGACUACAUCAAAAAACUGGAGCAGGAGCGCUUCUCGGCUGACCUCCAGGAGGCGCAGAGCGCCUUGGCCCACAUGGGAAGCCGCCUUCAUGAUCUCGAAAACGGCAAGGGCGACGCUACCCUUGCAACUUGGCAAGACCAGGGCGCAGGAUGA